CCCAGGGAGGGAAAUGGAGCGAGAUGAGGUCUGACAAAGAGCAAAUGACGGCCAGCAAGGACAAGGGCGUCGUGGAGAUCAAGUUCAGGGACGCCUCGGGAGAGCAGGACAACAUUCCCAAGCACAAAGAAGAGAAGAAAGAGCUUUUUACGAAGGUGGUCAUUCGAAGGCUCCCCCCUCACCUGACCAAGGAGCAGUUAGAAGAACAACUCAGCCCGCUUCCUUCCUAUGACUACUUUGAGUUCUUCCCCGCUGAUCCGAGCCUGUACCCACAUCUGUUCUCCAGAGCCUACAUCAACUUUAAAAACCAGGAAGAUAUCCUUCUGUUCCGAGACAGAUUCGAUGGCUACGUCUUCAUUGACAGCAAAGGUCAGGAGUUUCCUGCUGUGGUCGAAUUUGCCCCCUUCCAGAAAGUCUCCAAGAAGAAGCUCAAAAAGAAAGAUGCCAAAGCUGGAAGUAUCGAGGAAGACCCGGAGUAUAAGCGCUUCCUGGAGAACUACUCCUGUGAUGAGGAGAAGUCGAUGGCCAACCCAGAGACCCUGCUGGGGGAAAUCGAGGCCAAAACCAGAGAACUGAUAGCCAAAAGGACAACACCCCUGUUAGAGUACAUCAGAAACAAGAAGAUGGAGAAACAGAGAAUGCGAGAGGAAAAGCGAGAGGAGCGUCGACGGCGAGAGUUCGAGAAGAAGCGACAACGCGAGGAGGAGAAACGCAAGCGACGCGAGGAGGAGAGGCGCAAACGCAAAGAAGCCGACAAGCAGAAGAAGCUGUCGGACAAAGACGUCAAAAUUAAGCUGCUGAAGAAGAGCGACCGGGACGACGACGACGCCGACUCGGACCGCGUCAAGGACAAAAGUGACGUCGGCGAGACGGAGAGAGGAAAAUGGGAAAAAGCAGGUGGCCAGAUGAAGUUGAAGGAUUCCAAGGAAAACAGAGGUCAGCCGGAGAGCGACAAGGAGCAGCAGCAGUGCCGCCGACCGCGCGACAAGGAGCACCGCGGCAAAGACGACGACAGGAAGCGUCAGAGGCACCACUACGACUUUGACAAGUUCGCACGGCGCAAAGACGAGACCAAGUGGGGCAAGGGCUACUGCCAGGACCGCGCCAAGAAGGAGGGCCAUCACCACGCCUACGCCUUCUGCCCCGACAGCGGCGACAAGCAGACCAAGGAGGACAGGGACGAGCUGGCCAACAGGAAGGAGCGCCUCCGAAACAAGGUGAGCGAGAAGGACUGGACUGGAACUGUAUUGAAUUUUCAAAUGAAGACCGGCCGGCCAUGCAGCUGUACCAGCCCGGCGCGCGAAAUCGCAAGGGAGUUAACUCGGCCUGCAAAAGCUACGACGGCGUGCCGGCGGCCCACUCGCCCGAGGGCGACGCGGGGGGUUGCUUCGAUGUGGAGACGGUGCUGGACGGAGCCUUUGACAACGGCAACGAUGAGCACGGACACUCGUAAGACGACGUCAGUCGUUCACAGCGGAGGCUUUCAAACCGAUCACCAUCGUAUUUCUUUUCAGACUGUGUACAUUACAUUCAGUUAUUUGGGAACCGUUCAAAUAUGAUUGAAUUAUAUAAGUUCCAUCAUAGAAUGGAAAUAAUGAGACUAUUUGGUGAACUGCGCUCCAUGAUCUGUGAGAAUAAUGCACUUGUUCAAAUCAUUUGUGAAGGUUGUGUGUGAAGAGGGAGAUGUGGGGCGCUUGUACCAUAACUAUGUUAUUGAUACAAGUGGAAAAGGUGUAAGUGUUGAAACAACCACACACCCCACCGGUGUGCUACCUAGGGGUGUGGGUGUUCUUGUUUUUCUCUUUGUGGGGCACAACCUUUGACCUCCUAACUUUACAGUCUUUGUGGGGACGUUUUGGAUGUGCGUACGUUUUGACGUUUUGUGCAUGCGUAUGUCAUCCAGAGCAAAUUUUUAUUAGCAUUCAAUGGACAUUUCUAUGAAAAGAAAUCCUGGAAAGUGAAAUAUUUGAUAGUCUCAUGCAAGUAAUAACUAUAUCUAACUAAUAAUAUGCUCUAAGGCAAUCUGGUCCAUGCAAUAACAUGCUGUUGUUGUUGUUUCCCCCCCCCAAGUACUACUACAUAUGUACUUUGCACAUGAGAAAAUAAAGGUCUUG